UUUUAUAUUUUUAAUCAUUCUCCGGACGAUUGAUGAGACGUAGUUUUUCGUGUUUAUCUACUUUGCUCGUUUUAUCCGGAUGUUUUUCUCCGAGAUCCAACACUGUGUGCCGUCCGUGUGGAAAGUCCGUCUAUAUAUACGACUUGGUCUAACUCGCGUUUUUACUCCACGUCGCCGUGCAGUUCAUCAUAAAAGAGCACGUGUUUGUUACCACCGAAAGUUAGCGAUUUCUCGCAUAUCGCAUUACCCGCGAUAAGAGGAGAGCGAGAGUCGAUAAAUUCAAGCAACUCGGCGGAAGCAAUAAUCACGGAAAAUGAACGUUUUACUCCAGCAACAUGGAGCUAAACACAUAUAUAAAGUCCCGGAAGGAUUGCGCGAACUCUGUGCCGACAUCGCACGCGAGGUUCGCUCUCUAUGAAAUUUGUUAUUUGACUUUCCUUUUAUCGCCGUCACGUCAAAGGACGAUUAAAUUAUUAUCUGAUCCGUAAAGGUUCUGCGCUCGCAACCGAGGAACAUUUAUUGCUUCGUCGCUGAUUACGUGGAAGCGCUCCUGAUCACGCGUGAAAAUGCAAAAGGUUCGUAUCGCGCGCGCGCGUGUGUGUGUGUAGUUUAAUAAUAAUUUUGCAAUAUACCGACAAUAUUUUCCGAUGCGCGAUAUUGCCCAAUUACAAACACACACAAAGAUGCUAAUUAGAACGUUAAGCCAAUUAAUUAGCAGAUUAUUUACACGAGUUUAUACAAUAUCAAUUUUUAUCUCACAAAUCGUUAUGUAAAUUCGAAGGAUACGGAAAAUGACCGCGGUAUAUAUAAAUCAUUCGCCCCGUAAAGGUACACACGCGGCGUGUGUAUAACAAUCGGUUAUAAUCGCGCGGAGUCACAUGUGUUCUGUAAUCGUGUAAUUGCGCUUCUGUGUAGUCGCGGUGAAAAUCGUAAACAACAUUUUACUGGGAAGCGAGGCCAUCGUGGGCAUACUUCACCGCAGCGGCUUGAGUUUGGAACAGAUCGCCCGCGCUGCGCCCAGGAUCCAGAAGGCAUUCCGCGCGUACUUGGACGCGGUAGACAUGCGAGCGGCCCAGGUGUGCGACGGUAAUUACACGGUGAAUUAUGUAGAAAAACAAUUUCGCGGCGGGUAGACCUCGCAUUGUUAUAAAGCGCGGUGAAACAAAGUGCGCAGAGAGAGAGAAAGAGUGUGUGUGAGAGAAAGAGAGAGAGAGAGAAAGAAAGAGAGAAAUUCCUCCCUUUCGACCGCAGACGCAACGUGCGAUGAGAACUGCAGAGUAUCCCUGCGAAGUAUUCUGAGUGCGACGGGAGUCCCGUUUGAACAGGCGGAGAAGGCCGCCACAAUAAUACAAGUACGCGCACAUCGAUACAUACAUAUAUACACGCGCGCGGGACUAAUGGGACCCUCUAAUUGCAAUCUCUUUAAUUUACGUCUGCUGUCAUCAAUCAAGGCUGCCUUCCGCGGACAUUACGACAGAAUGUUGCUAAACGAGUCCCUGGGCAUGGUUCAGUGGCAGCGAGCGGCUACGAGAACGCUCGAGAUCCUGAGGAAGGCCGGUGCGUCGCAGGCGGAGGCGUCGAGAGCCGCCAUAUUGAUACAGGCUACUUAUCGCGGUUACUACACGAGGAGAAAUCUGAAGAUGAAAAUGGCGGCCGCACAAAAAGAGAAAGAAAGCGAAGCGGAAACGAUCGAGGAACCACCCGAAGAAACGAUUCAAGCGAUGGCCUGGCUGGACUCGAUGUACGAGGAGUCCGGACUGACGCCGGAGAGAGCUAACGAAGCCGCUUCUGUUAUACAAAAAGCGUACAAAAGAUAUCGUCGGAGGAAGAGCGAUGUACCGCGCGAGGAAUCGAAGAAUUCGAUGGUGGCGGAAGCCAUUGUCAAAAACUUGCAUCAGAAAGUCUUCGACGAAGUUCUAAGUCGUGCGGACAUUCCCACGGAAUUCGGCACUCGAGAGGAACUCGUGAAAACCAGCGAAGAGCUUCAACGCGUUUUCAAUGACAUGGUGACGCGCGCUCGUUUGGAGGGACAAGAUGAGGAAUCCGAUGAGGAGGAAUCGCCGAAAAAUUCAGUAAACGGUGGUAUAUAUUCGAGCGGCAUAGGGAGGGAUCUGGAAGAGGGUCGUGAGAUCGAAGUAGAACCGGAACGUGACGAAGGUACGGACGCGUACGUGCGGGACUGACGUCGGAGAAGAGGACCAAACUUUUCCGAAGGAAGAGGGAGGGAGAGAUAUCCGCGGCAGAGAGGAAUCCUUUUUCUGAAUCCGGCAGCGGAUGAGCCAAUUAACAUGGAAACCACGAGACGGGGGAAGAGAAACGAGACAGGCACAAAGUGCGCGAGCGAACAAAAAGCUGCCUCCGGAGGGUCCCCCAAAUGCCCGCGGAGAGACACCCCCCCGUGGCUUUUAAUGCACACGCUUGCGUUCGAUAAUUCCGUUAACGUGCCGCGCUUUCCGUACAGCGAGCAUUAAAAUUCGUUCCCGGACGGAAAAUUCGCCCCGGCACGCACCGCGCAAGCAAAACGAGUUAAACUGUCGUGCCCCCUUGUGUGUAACGUUAAUUUAAUUCGAGCGAUACGAGUUAAGCCGUUUCGUCCAAAUUUGAUUUGCAUAAUUUUUAUUCUCGACGUUUAGAGCUUUAAUAUGCCGCAUUACUUCCGCAUAGCUAUGUAGCAAAGCAAGCACCUUUUGCGAACAGAAAAAAAAUUUCUUUAGUGCACGAACGGAAAAAAACUUGAGGAAACCGAUGCCGCGCACAGCAAUUUUUUCGUGCGCACCACACUCUAUGUUUCUCGCCGCAAUAUAAAGACAAACAAAAAGAAAAAAAAGAAGUAAUUGAAACACAGAAAAUAUCGGAAAAAAUUUUUAAUACACAUUUAAUUCCAAUAUGCGUUGAGCGCUAAAACGUGCUGGCGCGCGACCCCGAUGUUUUAACACGCUUAAAAAUAACCAGAAAAUCGAAAAACCAAAUGUAAAAAGGUUCACGGUGAAACGUGUUUGUGCGAAAACGAAAUUGAAUCACAGAACGCGUCUACAGGGCGCUCGAUUUAAGCAGCAACGGGUAGCGGCCGGCUCGCUCAAAGGGAACUUCAAUCGGUCGCAUUCGCCCUCGGGCAGUGUCGCGUGUCGGCCACAUCCACGACUACAGACCCACGCGAUUCCGCAGUUCUCGCAGCGCGCGCGCGGACAAACAUGUUUCGUGCCCGGUCCCUCAAGCGGAACCGCGUUCACGCUCUCGAGCGGCGACUCCGGCUGAUCGAUGAUUUCCGAAGUUAGCGAUUUGUUACACUCCGUCCUGUCGUCUAAGCGAGUCUUCUCCCCGCACCUUCUGCCGCCGCGGCACCUCCUGCCGGCUUUGUAUUUUUCAGCGAGAAUGCACAUGGAAUCCUUGUGAUUGAUAACAGCCAGGCCGCCGUCGUCCUCGUCCUCGUCGCCGUCCGCCUUCUCGUUGACGCGCUCCUCGUCGUUUCGCUCACGGGAAGACAUUAUUCCGGAACAGUCGUUCGAGCAGCGCUGCCGCGCGACGCACAAUCGACGCACAUUCCCGCCGCGCGUCUGAUCGCGCCAAGCUUUCCCGUGCGUCUCGCAUCUGCAAUUUGAACGACGCGAGGAGAGUAAAUUACAAACAGAGAUUGCCGCGUCUCCAUCUUCUCGCGGUAACGUGUAUCUUUCUUUAGCGCGACUUUUUUUUUUUUUUUUUCUAGAAAAUAGCAUCGUUCCAUCAAAAAUACAAAAUGACGUACGCGCGACGUAUGUUUACGUUAUCGUGUGAGACUCGAAACUCGAAAUUGCUUGUUAACCGUUUCGGGUCGCUGCGCUGCUGGCAACAGCAAUGCCAAUGAAAACAAUUGCAGUGACAGUCCCGAUGGUGAUGGCAUCUGCCGCAGCAAGACGAUCUCGACAGAUCCGGAGCGAACUCUUCGCGCGGACGAUGACUCUCCCACCGCCAGAACGAAUCUGCGACUUCCCGACGAC